AUGGCCGCGCGCGUCGCCACACGAGCUGCCAGCUUUGGUGUCGGCGGAGCACCUGGUCUUCUGCUCAAAAGCUCUAGUUUGCAUGGGGUGGGCGUCUUCGCUCAGAAGGCGUUUGCUUCGGGGGAAAUCUUGGAGCGUUGUCCCUGUCUUUGGGUUGCGAAGAAUUCGAUUCAGCCCAGUUCUUCAGUGAAUGCUGUUGAUUUAUUUGACUACCUCUUCGACCCAGGUGAAGUUGACAAGGACCGGUUGCUUCUUCCAAUCGGUUUCGGUUUGUCUUACAACCACAGCGAGGAACCCAACGCCAGCUACAAGGUGUUCCUGGAGGAUCCUCCACAGCUGGUCUUCAGAGCUACACGAGAUAUCUCCUUUGGAGAGGAAGUGCUCAUCGACUAUGGUGAAGACUGGUGGCUGAACCGAAGGUGGCAGCCACUUUCGCAGAAUUCUUCCAUGGUCUUGCGGCGUCGCAUGCGGGAAAAGGUUUUUUGCAGCGGACUGGCGACAACAGAGGGCACCAAUGACAACAGAGGAGAUGAGCAGCGAAAGGUACAACUCUUGAAAUCUAUGGGUUUCGAAGAAGGUGCCUGCGUUCAAGCCUUGGAGGCUGCCCGUGGUGACACCAAUGCGGCAGCCAAUCAGCUUUUAGCCGAGAAGCUGCCGCCCAUGACCUCAUCCUACGAAGCAUGGACGUGGAGCCAUGUGCCCUUCGGUGAAAGCGGGCUGCCCAAUCGCCAGAUGCAUGAAACCUACUUGAAAAGGCUAGAUCAGUUCCUGAUGAAAGUGGAUGACGAGCCAUGGAAAUUCUCAUCAGACCUGCAAAAGGCGCGCGAUCCGCAUCAAGAUCCAAUGAUCGAGGUCAGUUUGGCGUCACAAGCAGCGACCGGAGUACGCUGGAAAAUGUUGUCAGAUCUUCAGAUUCAGCGCCUGCACUGGUUGACGCUUCACCUCAACUUCAAACUGAUGGAGGUCGCAGGGCAGUUCACCACUCCAACGGUUUCUGUGGGGGCAUCAGACUUUAGGGGUGGCUCCGAUAGAGUUGGUCUGGAAGACGAUUCCCCAGAUGUUUGUUUUUGGUCUUUCACCUUGACCGAAACUGGAUCCAGGCCUGCCCGCGGUGCCUCUGGCGCUUGGUUCAGUGCGCCAUACAACGGCUUCUUGAGGCUGCAAUUGGCAGGUUUCUUCCUCGAAGUCCCAUAUUACAAGGCAAACGAGCCCAGCAUGCUUCUGGCAGAGGCAAGCCGUGCAGGCAUCCUGCGCGAUGCAGAGCCCAAUCAAAGUUUUCUUACGGUCAUAGCCUACCAUGGGCAGAAGCUGUUCGAAGGUGACACAACCGAUGUCACAGGAGAUUGGAAGCGCUUGGAGGACAGAGAUCAAUUCUUAGCCAUGGAGCUUCAAUCCCCAAGGCGACGUGGAGUCUGGCUCUUUGUGGGGCACCACUUCGCUCAAGUCACUGAAGGACGGCCUGAUUCUUCGGCCUCAGAAGUCCAUGCAGAGAACAGCGAUUUUCAGGUCAUUGUGGGCCAGGUGACAAGCCCAGGGCGUUUGGAAUCCUUCACUGCCGAAGGUCAUUCAUCCGUGCACUUCAAUGCAAUGGUCGAUUCGGGGACCUUCAAGGAUGGGAUGUUCGAAUGGACUCUGGAUGGAGAGGUCCAACGAUGGAAGGUUCACGAAAUGACCUUCAACCCCUUUGUCAGCAUUGCCAAGGAGCUUGAUCCCAACGAAGCUGCAAGCGACAAGACACCUGAGGUCGGGAGCGGAUACCCCAAAGGGAGCAAGGUGAAAUAUUGGAGCGUCACGGUUCAAAGAUGGAUACCUGCCACCAUAGUCAGCCAGAAUCAGGACGGCACCUACCGUUUGGACGUGAAGAAGCGUGCAGAGCCGCAUCACCUGCGGUGGCCCCACCAGGCUGGAGAUCUGCCGCCGACACCGAGGCCGGACAAAGCACCGGCGAAACAGAAGAAAGGAGGUCAAAAGAAAGCUCGGGGCAAAGCACCCGAAGUCCAGGACACUUCAGACACUUCAUCCUCGAAAGCAAAGAGAAAAAGGAAGAAGAAAGGCAAAGACAAGCGCAGUCAGAAGAAGGAAAAGACCAAGCCAUCUAGCAAUUCCGAGGACUCAUCCAGCAGAUCUGCCAGCACAUCUAGCGAAGGCGAGACUUCAGCGAGUUCAAGUUCAAGUUUGCAGAGCUCGCCUUCGCUAUCUCCAAAGAGAAAAGCGUCAAAGGAGAAGCAGCGGAAGAAUGACAAAACGGUGAAGAAGCGAACGAGUUCUUCCAGUUAG